GGCGGAUCCACCUGCGCCGAGUCCCGCGACUGCUACCUCCACAUGUACUCCACCAAGAAACCCGACAAAGUAGACCCCAAUGAAAGCCGGCUCUCGAAAUGGACCAAUUGCUCUCUCUCCUUUGAACCCUUAGCUCACCCGAUCGUAAUUGAUAAAUUGGGGAAUUUGUUUAAUAAGGAGGCUUUAGUGCAAGCUUUGAUUCAUAAGAAGCUGCCCAAGGAGUUUGGGCACAUUCGGGGGUUGAAAGAUAUGAUUGAGGUGAAGAUACCGAAUUUGGAGUGCCCGGUAACAGGGUUGGAGUUUAACGGGAAGUACGGGUUUAUCGCGAUAAGGAAAUGCGGACAUGUUUUGAGUGUGAAGGCAUUGAAGGAGGUGAAGAGUGACGGUUGUUUGGUUUGUCAUGAAGGGUUUGAGGAGAGGGAUAGGAUUGUGAUUAAUGGGAGCGAGGAGGAGGUUAGGGUUUUGAGGGAGAGGAUGGAGGAGGAGAGGGGACAGGUGAAGGAGAAGAAGAAGGAGAAGGCGAGGAAGCAUCCGGGUGAGGAGAAGGUUGGGAAUUUGGAGAAUGGGAAGAAGGAAGGAGGUGGGAAGAGGUUUAGGGCAGUUGAUGUGGCUCCGGCACAUGCGACAAAGGAGGUCUAUGCGUCGAUCUUCACAUCAUCAAAUAAGGGGGAGAUUAAGGAGACUUAUAUGUGCCGGUCACUCCCACUUGGAAGGAACUAAUGGAGGUGAUUCAUUGUGUAUCAUUUUACCUAUAUGUGUUUGCUUUUAUGCAUUUUGAUUAAUGGCAUGUGAUAUUUGUGUCCCUGCACUUACAUUGGAAAACCGUUGAAAAGUAUUUGGAAUUGAAAUUUCUGACUUAUGAAGGCUUACAAUGUAAUAUUGGAAAGUUGAUUAGAAUACUGAAUAUUAACUA